AUGAACAGAGACUUGUCUGCGGAACAGAACUUGAAGUUUAUUGAUCCUUUUUGUUGCAUUGCGGCCAAAACCAAAGACCGGGUCCUGCUGCACUCCAUCACACAUGGGAUCUUCGAGCUGAUUGUGGACCAGGCACCAUUUGCUGUGGAAGACCUAAUGAAGGAGCUGGAGCGCAGUGAGGGGGUCGACGACUCCAGUGAGGACCAAGCUUCUGACAGCGAUCUAGACGAGCCCGUGCUGGGCAAAUCAGCAGCGAAGCACAUCAACGGGGCACGAGAGGAGCUGGCGGAGUCUGAGUGCUCGGUGACAAUGGGAGCAAAGUCCCCGCUUGACCGUGGGGAAGACGAGGAGGAAAAUUUGGAUCUGCCGUCAGACGAAGAUGUAGGACCUGUCCUUCAGUUUGACUACACAGCGAUAGCUGGCCGCCUCUUUGAGCUCGCAAGCAAGAGCAAGACAGCAGCUGCGAACCGGAAGCGCCUCUACAAACUGGUGAAGAAAUUCAAGGAUUUGGCUGAAGGAAUCUUCCCACACGACGCGCUCUCUGCGGAGCUCUCCACAGAUGAGGACGACGAGGAGGAUUUUGAGUGGAGGAAGAGGAAGAAGCGGAAGGCGGCAGCGGAAGAGCGGCAACGAAAAAAAGAAAGGAAAGAAGAAGAUGUUCAGGAAGUGGACAGCCCUCAGCCCCGCGAGGAGCGAGUGGAGGAGUCUGCAGCCCCCAAACAACCAGCGGCUGUCCGGAGAAAGAAAAAGAAGCAGAGAAUAGUGAGGAGAGCAAGUGAUGGAGCAGAGGUGGUGGUGGCAGCGGUGCCUGGCGGACACGGGACGGAGCAGCGCCCUGAAACGCUCACAAUAACAACAGCAGCAACAGCAAAGGUCAUCGGGGCGGAGAGCACGCAGUCACCCGCUGAGGCGUCUGGGCACCAGGACUCGGUGCAGGUGGAAACCCAAACCCUCGUCGUGAAGAGGAGAAAGAAGAAGCAGAAGGCGAAGGCUGUGCUGCUGAACGGCAACAUUCUGGCUGGAGCCUCAGAGCAGAGCCCGCAGUCCCCAGCCCCGCAGCCCCCAGCCCCGCAGCCCCAGCCCCACAGCAACACGGCCCCAAAGCUAAGCUUCACCACAAGAAGUUGA